AUGGCGAACCUACUCUCCUACGUGCCUAUCAUCAAUCAAUUCGUCUCAUCCGGCAACGCAUCACAGGCCAUCAAACUCGAUCCCGUCGAGGUCCACAAUGUCGAGACAGCUCCAGAGAAGCGGCCGCGGACGCUGAAGCACCUGAUCCGCGCAAACCACGUCAACCACUCCAUCAUCUACCAUGACCUGCGGUUCGACAACCACAUGCCACACAUUCUGUCGUCGGCGUACCUGCUAGGCGCAAGCGUUGACCAAUUGCAUCACAUCUACGACAAGGAGGCCCAGGAGCUUGAGCCGUGGGAGGACUCGCCCGCCGAGCUCACCGAGGAGGACUGGAGAGAGUUCCUAGGCGACAAGCUUUACCAGAGGGCUUUCAUUGACUUCUUUGAAGAUGCCUUGGUAUCGAAGCAUUCGUACAAUUGGAAGAAGGUCGUGGACGAGUACAUAUUCAGUGGAGAGCAACCUCUUGUGAAUGGACUCAUUGGUGGGCUGGGACAUCCGUUGAUCCAUCUGGGAUAUGCCUAUGAGAUGGACAACCGUGAGAUUGCCAUGGAGGCUCUGGGGCUUUCUGCAGUGCAAUACAACUACUUCCACAAGUACAUCGACGACAAGUCAUAUACGAAGCCGUCGCCGUUCAGCUCGACGUCGCCUCUCGAUCUCCUGCACAAGCUCCAGCAAGACACGCGCUUCGACGGCCUCUUCAAAGACCGCGGGUUUGACAAUAUUGAUGUUCUGUUUGAGAAGCACGAGCCACUCAUUCUGGAGUACUGGAAUGCGUGGAAGUUUGAGGAUCCCCUAAAGCAAUUCCAGGAAUCCCAGGAGGCAGCAGUCGCCCUCCUUGUUGCAACCGUACCACCGGGAACUCACUCGUAUAAUUUCUUUGUCGUUCAUCUACUUACAACCAGCCACGCCGUCAGGAUACUUCUGCCAGUCAUUCCUGUCAAGUUCCAUGUCAACCUGGUUAGGGAAUGGUGGCUGUUGACGCUGGCAGUAUACAUCGCGGAGCUGCGACCCAAAAUCGAUCCUGACUACAUUCCGUCUCCGUCAGGCAAAGGGUGGACAUACGUGGAGGACAAGGCGAUCAACUCGCGAUGGGCCACCGAUGCACACUUCGUCAAGGGUGUUAGAGCCAUGAAGGAGGCAGCACGGACCUGGGGCGAUGUCCAUGAUCGAUACUUAGCGGCAGCCGUGAGGUUCGUCGACGAUUUCGAAGGUUGGACGUUUUAG